UAGAGUCGUUUUCGAUUUGAUUGAUUAACUGAUAACGUCGCUCCUUGCGUGAUAUAAACAUACAAAUUGUUGCGUCCUCCAUUUAUAUAUGCAGAAUACUGCAUAUACAUCUCGACUGUCAAUGUGAAUAAUUCCAGAGAGAAACCAGAGAGUGACCAACACUAGAGUCCCUAUAGUAAGCCAAUGUUCUAGUUGGAUACAAAAUGGCUACUACACCUGUACUGCACCUACUGUAAUCUCGGUUUUUACGCGUGCACAUGCAAGUGAUAACAUAACAUUAUUUCAUCUUGGAAAAAACUUCCAACACAAUAAGAAGAGUAUAUAUAAAAAUAUUUAUAAUAAUAUUUUAAAAAUGACUGGUUGUUGCAUACCGGGAUGCAGAAAUAGAAGUGAAAAUGGCUUCUAUAUGAAACGUUUUCCAAUAAGUAAAAAACAAAAAAUUAUAUGGUUGAAACAAAUUGGAAGAGAAAACUGGAAACCGAAACAAUAUUCAGCAAUUUGUGAAGUUCAUUUUACUAAAGAAAUGUGGGAAAAACCGCGACAGGAUGGUUCCAAGAAAUUAAAAACACAAGCAGUGCCAACAAGUUUUCCUUAUACAAAAGUAAUGUCGGAAUCUUUCGAUGGAAAAAUAAAGAAGUUAAAAUAUAAUGAAAACAACGAUGAAAAUAAUGAAGAACCUACAAGCAUUAUAUUCAAUUGUUCUCAAGUUGUAAGUAAUGUUGAUGAAGAGCAUCCUGCAAUAGAGAAUAAUUCAUGUCCACCAUUUAUUGACAAUGUUGAAGUAUAUGAUCAGAUGAUACAUUGCAAUACUCAUUUAUUAUCAUCAAGUGAAAAUAAUGUAAAUAAUGAGAACACAAAUGUGCCUGCAACUACAUCCUCAUCAAUAUUCAAUGUAACACCAUCUACAUUGGAAUAUGCUCUAGAACAAAUAACAUUAUUACAACAAAAAGUGAAACAUAAAGAAACAGAAAUAAAACAAAUGAAACAACAAUUUGAGAUUGCUAAUAAAGUACUUAAGAAAUGUGACAAAACGCGAGAAACUCUUAUGAAUUGUAUUAGACGAUACAGAAGUACAAAUAAGCUACGUGUAGAAAACACUUUGUCACAAUCAACACAGUUAUUUCAAAAAGUGUUCAACAAUGAUCAAAUUGAGUGGUUAAAAUCAAAUUCAAGCAACCGACGUAUGUACAAGUGGUCUAAAAAAACUAUUAAAGAGGCUCUUCGAAUAAAAUUCUCUUGUACUAAUAGUGGUUAUCAAGAACUGAUUAAUCAAAAGAUUCCAUUACCAUCAACACGCACUUUAAGAAGAAGUCUUUACCCCAGGAAUAAUAGAUGAUUUUUUCAUGCCAUGAAAGAGAAAAUUCAACAAUUUGAAGAUGACAGACAACAUGAUUGCGUACUUGGCGUUGAUGAAAUGUCUCUUACACCUGGUGAACAACUUGAUCCUUGUACAAAUUCAACUUUAGGGCUUUCUACUAUUCCCAACAGUCAUGAUAACUCCUAUACAUUUUCCUUAUAAUAUAAACAGGAAGUUUCUUUAAUUCUGUUCAUCUUAAUAUCUUUGUUAUCUGAAAUUAUAGUAAUAUUAAAAUUACCGAAAUAUUAAAAUGAACAGAAUAAAAUAAAUACUCCGUAUGAUUUCAUUUUCCUGAUGAAUAUCCUAGUUUCAUUUUCCUAUGAAUAUCUUAU